AUGGAGGGUGCAGUGCAUCGCUUCCGGGUACAUCGCAAUCAUUCAAGGCCCGACGGUGCAACUUCUCAGGGACCCACCAAUGUCAAUGGUCGAAGAUCCACUCUGCCAGCGUGCCGCCGCUGUCGCUUUCACAAGAAACGCUGUACUCGAACCACUGAAGGACCAUGUGAGCACUGUCUCGCUGCUUGGGUACCGUGUUCAUUGAUGGACCGCUCUGCGAGUCCAAAGACUCGAGAGCGAGAGCUGCGGUCGCGAAUUGACUGGUUAAGUCAGCUCGUGAACGAAACGCUCCCAGCGGGCGACUUGCCGAUCGAGUCCGUUGAAACUGGACGCAGACUAGCGUUGAGCAGCCCUAUACAUCAAACGCCAACUGAGAUGAAUAUGGAUACGGGGCCUGGUGAAAGCGUUGUUGAGGGGCCUGAAAUCUCCAAUAUGGAGCGGGCCGGGGUUAUUGCGAUCGGAGCGAGUCGCAAGUGCUUGCAGGCCUACUUUCGCCAUGUUCAUCGAACGUAUCCAUUUCUGGAUCAUGAAUAUGUUCUACGGGAUUUUGAAGCUAUCUGCGAGCAAGAGGCUGAGGAUGGUCACGUAUCGCAAGACGCCAUACCAAACCGGUUGUGUAUGGUAAUGGCCAUCGGCUUUACGACAUUACAGCGUGCGGGCGAAGCCCACAAUCUUGACGAGCAAUAUUUCCAGCCAUGUCUCAAAAGUGUACUGUGUGAGUGCGUUCGCCGGGUGAACGAGGAGUCCGCAGGCACCUUACUUCUGCUUGGUCUGUAUUUGCUAUUUAAACCAGGUGACCAGGACCCUCGGGCCAUCGCCGGCGUUCUCACAAACCACGCUAUAUCAGUUGGAUUGAUGAGUGACCCACCUAGUAGCUCAAGUGUCACCCCAAGGGACCUAGAGCUACGUCGGCGACUUGGCUGGUCUGUCUAUGUUUUCACUCGUAUGAUAAGCAUAUCUUAUGGGCUGCCAAUUUCUUUCCCCGACGACAUGAUGAGAAUACCGCUCCCCAGCAUCAUGAUCCAUGAGUAUGGCUCUGCAGAAGGUCAUCAAUAUGCAAUAGCCCUGCAGGUCAGUCGGCAUGUGAUAUCUUUACGACAGCUGGAAACACGCAUUGCGAAUGCGAUUCACGAUGUCAAUUCCUCACCGCCAUCCGACAAGCUUCGGCUUGAGAUUGAAGACUGGUACACGCAAGGAUGCCUUCUGUCUAGCUCUACUUUGUCGGAACAGGAUCAGGUGCCCUUCCAUACCUCUAUAACGUGGUUGAAUGUGCGAUAUCAGAACUUGCUUCUGCUGCUUUUUUGUCCUAGGCAAAACGGUACAACGGAUAUGAAUUCUCUGCCAAAGCUCCAAGCAGCGGCACAGCAGUAUAUCAAGCUCACACUGAUUUUGCAUGAGCACCGGCAUCUGCCGAUGAAUUGGAUUACUGUCUGUCGUCUUCUGUCCCUCGCUGCAGUCUUUUUCUACUGCAUUCGACAGGGAGCGUCAAUAUUUAACGAAAUCCCCGAGGUUCCACUCCUUGCAACUCUCCUCGAGCUAUUUCCAUCCUCUUGGCAUUCUGCCCACGAGGCGGCCCGAAUAUUGCGAUGUCUCACAGAUCUUGUGGGCAAUCAAAAAAGCCCUGUGAUACCUCGUAGUGUACUAUCGGGGUCUUCUGUCCUAGCAAACCCUGGGAUGGACAGCGAAACAGAGCUGCAAACUCUACAGGAUGAACUGGAGUCACUUUUGACCCACACAAUGGGCGACGCGAGCUUUUUCAUCUGGCCAUUGAGAGUCAAAGCUGACAUAAACAAACCGGUUGCUCAGCCCUUCGCAUUAACAGAUACCUCAGUUUUUGGAAAUCCUCUCAGACAUCCGAACAACGUCGUGUUGGCUGCUGUGGAUGACGGUUUGGGUGGAGGCUCGCUGCAGACGGAGUGGAUGACCUCUUUGGGUGGUGUUGGCACCGAGAUGCUGUGA